CUGCAUUCUCUUUGCCUGUGUCAGAGCCGGGUUUUUCUCCUCCUGUGCACUGGGCAGUCAAACCUCCCUCAUCAAGGCAGGACUCAUGAACCUAAAGGCAGGAAUCUGACAUCCAGACCCCCUUCCCCCAGCCAGGCCACCCUCUGCCCUAGCCUUGGACGGCCAGCAAGGCCCCCUCCAUUCUCAGUUCCUUACCUGGAGUGAUGGAAAACUCCUCUGUGGCAUCUGCCUCCUCUGAGGCAGGGAGUAGCCGAUCUCAGGAAAUCGAAGAGCUGGAGAGGUUCAUUGACAGCUACGUCCUUGAGUACCAAGUCCAAGGUUUGCUGACCGACAAAACGGAAGGGGACGGGGAGAGUGAGAAAACGCAGUCCAACAUCUCGCAGUGGACAGCGGAUUGUAGUGAGCAGCUGGAUGACAGCUGUUCCUCAUCGAGAGGGAAGGGCUUACCGUCUCACGAACACAAUCAGAAUGGCAACAAAGACAACUCCCUGGACAUGUUGGGGACAGAUAUCUGGGCAGCCAAUACCUUCGAUUCCUUCAGUGGUGCAACCUGGGAUUUACAGCCUGAAAAGCUGGACUUCACACAGAUUCACAGGAAGCUCCGGAACACCCCCAAACACCCACUCCCGCACAUAGACAGAGAAGGGCUCGGAAAAGGGAAGCACGAGGAUGGAGACGGAAUCAACCUGAAUGACAUAGAGAAAGUCCUUCCCGUCUGGCAGGGUUAUCAUCCAUUGCCGCAUGAGGCUGAAAUUGCACACACCAAAAAACUAUUCAGAAGAAGGAGAAACGACCGGAGGAGACAACAGAGGCCUCCUGGAGGAAACAAAUCACAGCAGCAGCACACGGAUCAUCAGCAAGGUACUGCCAAACACAACAGGGAACACCAGAAACUCUACCAGGGAGGCCAACCCCCUCACUCCUCAGGGAGGCCAGGCCACCACGGCUACAGCCAAAACCGGCGAUGGCACCACAACCAGAAGCACUCACCCAACGACAAGGAAACGCACAGAAAUGCCAAAGAGACUGAAAGUUUGAAAAUCGAGGACGCCUCGGUCUGCACAGUGCACAUCCCCCUGGAGAUGUACCGGAGCACGGAGGUCGUGGAGAGACCGUCUCAGCAGUACAUUCAGGAACCAGAACCCAAGCAGAGAGACAGUGUUCAUGAGCGCAUCGGGGAAAGGCCAAAGGUCAAUUUGCUCCAGUCUUCCAAAGACAGACUGCGAAGGAGACUAAAAGAAAAGAUGCCUUGUCUUUCCCUUUUCACGGACCAGGACGAAGUGCCGGUGGAGGCAACCAACCCCCAAAAGAACAAAAUGGACAAAUUAAUUGAAAUCCUCAACAGCAUGAGGAACAACAGCAGUGAUGUGGACUCCAAGCUCACCACCUUCAUGGAGGAGGCCCAGAACUCCACCAACUCCGAGGAGAUGCUGGGCGAGAUCGUCAAGACCAUUUACCAGAAAGCGGUGACGGACCGCAGCUUCGCCUCCACAGCCGCCAAGCUCUGUGACAAAAUGGCGCUCUUCAUGGUGGAGGGGACCAAGUUCCGAAGCCUGCUUCUCAACAUGCUGCAGAAAGAUUUCACAAUGCGGGAGGAGCUGCAGCAGCGCGACGUGGAGCGCUGGCUGGGGUUCAUCACCUUUCUCUGCGAAGUCUUCGGCACCAUGAGGAGCAACGCUGGGGAGCCCUUCCGAGUCCUUGUCUGUCCCAUUUAUACCUGCCUCAGGGAGUUGUUGCAAUCUCAGGAUGUGAAAGAAGAUGCUGUCCUUUGCUGUUCCAUGGAGCUGCAAAGCACAGGCCGGCUGCUGGAGGACCAGCUGCCUGAGAUGAUGACAGAGCUGCUGGCAAUAGCACGUGACAAGAUGCUGUGCCCCUCGGAGUCCAUGCUGACACGGUCCCUCCUCCUCGAGGUCAUUGAGCUGCACGCCAACAACUGGAACCCCCUGACGCCCACCAUCACACAGUACUACAACAAGACAAUCCAGAAACUGACAGCCUGA